UAGGCCAAAUGGUAAGCGUUGUUGAAACAUGAUAUGAAAUUAUAUAUCGUGCUCUUGGUCAAUUCUUCAUUUACGGAUGAUGAAAAGUGUUUAAAUACUUUUCAUGUUUAAAGUAUUGUAUGUUAAUAAAAUUAGCUCAAGGACAAAUCGUCAUCGCGGCUUCGCAUUUUCCAAUUGGCUACUCUGCUGGCCAGGGGCUGCGGUUUUAAGCGUGAUGUCGAGGGAAGAAAACCUUCGGGUAAUGUUUACAGUAAAAGCGAAAUCUCUUCCACUUUGGAUGUAUUACAGUGAAUAAUCAGAGUGCAUCUGUGUUGAGAGGAUUUUACAAAAUCAGCAGGAGCAGGUUGUCCACGGGAGUUGAACUCUAGAUGAGAUGAUUUUUAAGAAAUCAUGCCGGGAUCUGGCGUGGUUCAUAUGCCUCUGGGCGUUUAUCACAGGUUAUUCCCGCAAGGAGGAAUAUCACACGAUCACUGCCCUACUUGGCGAGGACGUGAUUCUUCCAUGUGCCUUCGAGUUCCCGGAUGGCACAAAAGUGCCCUACAUCAUCAAUUGGAAGAGAGAAGACGAAAAAAUCCCAUUCUACAUCUGGUACGAAGGUUACCCGCCACAUGUGUCAGAUAACUACACAGGCCGUGUUUCUUUAAUGGAGCCGGCAUCUUUGAACUUGACCAAUGUCCAAGAAUCAGACCAGGGAUUGCUUGUCUGUUUUGUGUUUUUCCUCAACCGCUCGCCAGAUAUGCCUUACAACACGUCCAAAAUUCAUCUGAAAGUGCACGCUCCUCCUCAGUUCAUUCAGAAGCCUCCUGCCGUGAUGUACGUGAAGGUAGGCGAAUCGCUGAACCUAUAUUGUGCUGCAACUGGAACUCCAGAACCUGUAAUCACAUGGUUCAAAAAUAAUCAAGGUUUGAAAGAAAAUGCAAGAAUUCAAAUUCUUCCCACAAAACUAAGGAUAACACGGCUUCAGGAGAGUGAUUUUGGGGAUUACUUAUGCAAUGCCCGAAAUAAGGAGGGAAACAUUAAUGUAGCAUCCAAAAUCAUAGGAGCAGGUCGUGCUUCCAUCACGGUUCCACCACGUAACACCACAAAAGUAGCAGGUCAUAAAGCAGAAUUCAUCUGUGAAGCUAAAGCACUGCCCACUAACUUGACUCACCGCUGGUUACACAACGGUAUUGAAAUAUCUGAGCUUCCAUUGCUCGAGGCUCGAACUUUAGUCCGGCGUGAUGGCACUUUGUUCAUCAAUCCCACAUCACCAGAGGACUCUGGUAACUUCACAUGUGUGGUUUCAAAUGGUAUUGGAGAACCAGAGUCUGCCUCUGCUUUUCUUAAUGUGGAAUAUGCAGCUCGUGUAGAACACUCACCUAGCCCCCAGUAUCUUCCACUUGAAAACAGUGGCAUCAUAAUCUGUGAUGUAAAGUCUAAUCCACCUUUUCAGUUUGUUACUUGGACUAAAGACAGAAAACCAUACCCAGUGGAUGAACAUCCUGGUGUAACCAGUCUAAGUAAUGGAUCCCUAUUGAUCCAAAGAGUAAGCCAUGUACAUCAAGGAAUGUACAGGUGUACACCAUACAACAUUCAUGGCACCGCUGGUACAUCCAGCCAAAUGGAAGUAUUUGUAAGAAAGCCUCCUAUGUUUACUGUAAAACCAAAAGGAAUCUACCAGAGUCUCUUAGGUGGUGAAAUAACCAUACCUUGUGAUGGAACAGGACAGCCUAAACCUAUUAUAUUGUGGAGAAGAGCAGACGGUGGUAGACUUCCAAGAGAAAGAUCCAGUCGGCAAGGAGGAAAUCUGACAAUCCACAACUUACACAAAGAAGACCAUGGUUAUUAUGAAUGUGUACUUGAGAAUGAUGUUGCCACUCUCGUGACUAGCACCAUGAUUAUUAUUGAAGUGGAUAUUUCAGGCACAACGCCACAUUCUCCUACCAAUGUCACUGUGAACACAAGUGCUUCCGCUGCCACUCUCUCUUGGCUUCCAGCAUAUCAUGGAGGAUAUACACAAUCGUAUGUUAUUUGGUACCGGAUCGCCUCAGAUGGAGAGAAUCCUUGGCGUACGAUGAGUGUCCCAGAUGGUGCUACAACUUUCACUCUCUAUCGUCUAGAUCCAGAGACUGCCUAUGAAUUCAGAGUACAGUCUAGGAAUGAUCUCGGGGAGGGCAUGUUCAGCACUACUGUUAAGGCAGAAACCAGUAGCACAACAGCACAAGCUCCUACUAAUGUCACAGUCGUCACAAGUGCUUCUUCGGCCAUGCUUUCCUGGCUUCCAGCAAAUGAUGGGGGAAAUACACGAUCAUAUAUAAUUUGGUACCGAGUUGCUAAUCAAAGGGAUAGACCCUGGAAUAAAAUGGAUGCCCCAAAUGGUGCUACAGCUUUUACUGUGUAUCACCUACGAUCAGAGACUAAUUAUGAAUUUAAAGUGCAGUCUAGAAAUGCUCUGGGGGAAGGCAUGUUUAGUUCUACUGUUAAAGCAAAAACUAGUAGCCCAAAGCCCUUCCCACCAGAAAACGUUGUAGUCAAGAAAUUAUCUGAUGGUGUAUUUAUCUCUUGGAAACCUCCAUUCAACCAAACAAUUCCCGUGGCCUUUUAUUAUGUUGAAUAUCAUACUGAAUCGGAACCAUGGAAACGCUGGGGACCUUUCAAAGAGAAAACUUCGUAUCUGGCAAAGAAGGUUCCUUCUGGUGAAUACAAGUUCCGUGUGUCAGCUUAUUCUGAUAAAGGAGUAAGCUCAUCUAGUCCUGAAAUUUCUUUGAAUAUUGAAGGCAUUAGCCCUGAAGUCACCAAAAGUCGAGCUAUCACUGCGGGGGUAGUAGGAGGAAUCUUGUUUUUCAUAGCUGCAAUUGUUUUGUCCGUGUGUGCAGUUAAAAUAUGCAAUAAAAGAAAAAGAAGAAAAGCAGAAAAAGCAUAUAUGAUGGUUACUUGUCCAAUUGCAGAUGCCAGAAAUGGGGGUCACUCACAUGGGGGAAGCCCUUCACCCCUGAAAAACACUAGACAACCUCCAUACACCAGAAGUUCCAAAAUUAGAGUACCGAGUUUAAUUCUAUCUGCGCUACGACGUAUGUCCUCCAGUUUUUCCCACCUGCUCAGUUCCAGUCAGAACUCCACUCUUGGUGUCACGACCACCACAUCCCCUGGGACUGACUUCAGCUCACGAGAAUGGUCACAGAUGGUGGAGCAAAAGGAGAAAUACAACCAAUUUUCCAAAGCAGUGAGCUAUAAUGAUAAAGUGCAGUACCCUCGGCCCUCUGGGAGAAUAAACGGCACCACUGAGGGCAAUUUUGAGCUGCAAGACGGUGAAGACGAUGAGGGGGGUUUUCUCAGAACUGCCCGUGACGCUCAUGUCCUCACUCCGUCCAGGUCACGGGCAAGUCUCCUCAGCAACACCAGCCGCCAAAGUAGCCAUACCCAACCCCAUACUCUUCCUGCUCAUGUGACUCUCCAAAGUAAAAGGAGUUUAUCUCCUCGUUCAAUAGUAUCAUUUAAUUCUACUUCUCAACUUAUCCCAGCCAUCUACUCCCCCAGGGAUCCAGGGUUCUGCACCAGCAGCCCAGGUCUCGCUACUACUGGGAACUUAACCCUUCCAGAGGACUUGAGCUCAGUGAAGCAGCCAUCAUCUGCAGAAAAGUCAUUUCCUAGCACUGUCACCAGUCUCAGUUCUCACCAAUAUCCUGCUUAUGAGUUGCCUUCUUUACGUCUGUUGCAUGAGGCCCAGUCCAGGAUUCCAGCCACUCAGUUUAGACCUAUAUACAGACCUGAACAAUUCUCAAACUUGGAAGUCAACCCAUCAUCUGGAGAAUCGACGCUUAUGUCACCAAAAACAUCAGAACCUGAGUUUCUAAGGAGACCUCAAAUAAACGGACGAGAAACAGGAUUCGGAGGAGAUGAGCACCAUAAGCAUGCAGUUGGUUUUAAUCCUCAUAUUGUUUUGCCAAAUUUGAAUAUUCACCAGGUGUACAAUUCACAAGCUUACCAGACAUAUCCUAAACACUUUGCAGCUCAGGGAUUGACUGAUGUUACCAAAAGUACGACGUCUUUCGGCCAAAGACUUGAAGAAAGGACAGCUACAUCUGGCAGCAUUCCACAAGACAGGAGAACUGCUUCUCUGUUACCACCUUUAAAUUCAAACAAUAACUUACAAGGUUCCACAAAUCAUGGUAUAGUAUCAGAAGUACAACAGGAAAACAGUGAUACCAGUAGCAAUAACCAUCCAAUGACGUACACCCGUGAGCGUCUUUUAGGAACCGUUGAGAAAGUCCGCAGUGGGGGUUUACAUCGUAACAUGUCUCCAGAAAUUUUAAGAGAUAUAAGAGACCCAACAGCUAUAGCUACAAGCAUCACGCCAUCUUUAAUAGAAAACACUAGGAUUAAUUUCCAGCCACAAAUGUCAUCUGUAGAGCCUGUUAAUCAAGGUAAGAACUCCAUUCAAGAAGGAGAGAUGGUCAGAAGCUAUAGUAGAGCAAGUAUUGCCAGUGGAAGUUCUGGUCACAUAAGUACUGGCAAAGAAAACAAAUCAGCAUCCACUGUACACUUUCGUAGACAUAGCCUGCAAGAUGAACUUGAGGCAAAGGAGACCAGCUUACACUUUUUGAGCUCCCUUGGCCAUAGCAUUGGUAGUAACAGUAUGCUCUCAGUACCAGGGGCUGCGAAUUUUGCCCGCCGUUCAUUCCCAAAUCCUAACCAAUCAACUUCUGUUUUAGGUGAACUUGAAGUUAAUUUAGACUCCCCACACUCUGAGCCUGUAUUUCCUUCACCUACUCCAUUGGGUAUGUCUGCCAACCCAAAUUUUGAAUCUCACAACAUCAGCCCAUUAAAAUUACAGUUUCUUAAAAAGGUACAAGAUUAUUCUGAUUCCCAUAACAACAAUUCUGCUCGACACAGUGCCCCUGACAGGGGCUUUAGUGAUAGUGAACUGUAUAUUAACCUGUACCCAAAACCUAAAAAACCAAGCAAAUAUGAUAAUACAGAGGCUCGGUGUGCGGCGCUGAAAGAAGAAUUCUUGAGAUUUCGACGUCGUCAACAAGAACGAAGGCGGUCUCAAGAAAUGGAAAGUGCCUGUUGAUGCUCAGUCUGGAAAUCUUUGAAAAAAUAGGUGUGAAACUUGUGUUAACAUUAUGUCUGCCAUCAGACUCUACAGUGUCGCAUCAUAUAAAUGAUGCUCAAACCUCUGUCUUUCUCUUGUAUUUAACUGUACAAAAAAAAAGAAAACUCGACAACUUGAAUGAAUGCAAUGUAGCUAAGUAUUUUAGUGAUGAUGAGGAAGUUUUUGUUGUUGUUUUUUGUGUGUGAAGAAGUAUAGAAAUGUGUCUGUUAACAUAGCUGGAAACACUUUCAUCAUAGAGUACUGAAGAAAAAACUAAAACUAAACUGUUUCAUCAUAAUUCAUCUUGUUCAUAUCACUUCCUCGAGUUCUCCACUUCACCUAGGUUUUGUACAGAAGAUCUAUCACCUAGGUUGUAUAGGCAGAAUCCGUAGAGAAAGAAGGCAUCUUCUUAUUUUUGACUAUGGUAUGACAUCUACAGUUGUGCUAUCCGGAUCCUUCCGGACAGAUCACCCGAUGUCUUUCGUCUGUAGUACGUGUAUAACAGUAUAGUCACUAUCGUCUUCACAGCACAAUCUACGUUAAACGGAAUUUUUCAGAUCAGGAUAAUUCUCUUUUUACUUGCAUUCCUGGUUCAUUUUACUCUGAUUAAAGCUACAUUUUUGAUUGUUUAACUACUAUUGUAGUGAUCACUUUCGCAAUUUCUUGACGUUGUGAGGGCUAGCUUCAUUGUGAUUCCAACCAACCUCUGCGGAACACUGGGUGGCCAGAAAGUAUAUGCUGUCCAAGUGACGACAACAUUUGUGUUGUACAUUCUUUAUGUGUUGCAUUUCCAUUACUCGUUGUAUUCUUGAUCUGAUGAAUGGUCUAUUUCACCUAAAGAAAUAAAUAUAUUGUCAUUUCAGUAUCCGCAGUGUUGUUAUGGAGUCAACUUAGCUAAUAUGCCCUAAACUCAUAUGUAAACAAAAUUUUAAUGUUAGAUACACUGUCAAAAUAUAUAAUUUCAAAUAUUCGGUAUUAGUUUCAUAAACUAAACUUCCUUUUCGUAAUAGUUGCAAGAACAAAAUAUUGUUUUAAUACCUCUUCUUUUUUUUAAGUCCAUGGCCAUAGAAUGAAAAACUUAAACUUGUGAUCAUAUUUUAGUGUCCUGGGACACGAUAUUGAUCUAUUUCACGUUGUGUUCAGUUUUCUUUAAACGGCGUAUCAAACAGAAAAAAAAAAGAGAGAGAGAAGCGUAUGUCUUGAACAAAAUAAAGUUUUAUGGAAAUGAACGUGUAAAAUGUUUUCUAAAAACUGUUCUCAAGUGCAUUGGAAAUUCCAAUAACAUAUUUUUCACUAGAAAGUGAAAUUGGCUGUACAUUUACAAAAUGGUAUUAUUUAUGAUCUAUAGACAAUAGCAUUAAUUACCCAAGGUAUAGUAAUGUUGUUAUCUUUAUUUUUUGUCGAAUUAUUGUACUUACGUCAGUAGCAUGGUGUAAUAAAGAUAUAUGAUCAGUCUAACCUUUUCAAAAUGCUGAAUUGAAUUCACUGCCUUACUUAGCUGUGCCAAAAGUGAUGUAAGUAAGGGUAUUCCUCAUCCAGAAAAUUUUGAAUUUUACUUUAAAACAACCUGAGAAUUAGAAGUCUUUUUGUGUAUAUUGAUUUAUCCUUCAUUGCAGUAUAGUUACCGGGAUCAGAGCAAUAACAAACUGUGCUCAACUAUAGUAUGAAACUUUGUCAGGUAUUUUGACCAAUUACUUGGUCAAAUGCUUUAGUUAUGUAUUAAACCUAAUAAAGAUUUAUAGUGGCGAAGAA